ACGAUUAGAAACCAUGACAAAGUCCACCGUGGGUAAAAAUCUUUGUAGAGAUCUGUACGACGUUCUUUAAAAGGCGAAAUCAAAACUAGGCAUCCUCUUACUUUGUCAGUAGAAAUUUGUUACACUGCUUUUCAGUUUUACUAACGUCCCAUUCACGCAUCCUAGAUCGAGGCGGACCGAAAAGACAGCCGACAUCCUCUAAAAAAAUCCACAGUCCUGCGGUUGUGCAGUUUCCCAGUCAGCCCUGCCCAUUUAACGUCACGUACAGAUCCAGUACGAGAAUGUACGCACGAUGUUUUCCACAGGGAAAUAUAAUAACCAACAUCAUAACCGUCAUGGAGAGGAGGAAAUCAGGUCCAGAAUCGGGCUUGCUUACCUAUUCUUGUACUAUUUGCUGCAGUUCUGUGGACACACGUGGAUCUUUGCAAACAUGUCUGCCAGGUUUCUCUCCUUUGGCAGUGACGCUUUAGCUGGCACAUUCUAUUUUGUGGGAGUGAUGAUGAGUUUAUGCCAGCUUCUGUCAAUACUGGAGCUUUUCCACAUAGCAGACGGACUUGAAAACUGCAGACUUCUCCCUCGUUUUGUCCAGGUGAUGGAGAGAAAUUUAAUUUUAUUCCUGAUCAUCAAUCAGGAGGAGUUUCAGAGCAGAACUAUAGUGUGUGUGCUGUUUUUUCUGUGGAAUGUGUCGGGCCUGCUGAGGUACCCCUGCGAGCUGCUGCGUCUCAUCAGCACCCCGGCGCCCAGCCUGCUAUGGGCACGUUACACUCUCUCCGUCCCCGUCUACGGCCUGUCGGUGAUCGCGGAAGGGAUCAGCGUUUUGCAGGCGCUGCCGUAUUACGAGUCGCAGGGAAAUUCCUCUGAGCAGCUUCAUGUCCCCGUGUCUGUAUACGUCCAUUUCCCAUAUCUGCUUAUGGCUUAUCUCCCAUUUUUAGCAUUAGGGGCUGGCAUAACAUUCCGAAUCUUACUGCAAGAGCGGAGACAGUCGCUUGUGAGCAUGAAUAAGAAGACAAAGAGGGAAUAAAAGAAGAGGAAAUAACACUUUUGUUGAGGACAUAAGCAAGCCAAAAUGCAUUUCUGGUCACUUCUCCUUUGUAGAUCGCUCAAAGUGGAUGCAUAUGGUAAAUCUAAUACAGCACAUAUGAUGUGGCUGUUGAAUUGGGAUGCAUUAAAGACUAAAUAUCACACAAUGUAUGUAAAGAAUUAGUCAUAGUUCAUUAAAUUUACCAGCAAAAAAAAAAAUUUGUUUGCCACAUAAAUGCAUAUACUGUGUAACAGUGUUUUAACAUAUUAAAUGAAAAGGUAUUUGAAACUA